UCGCGAGUUUCACGUAGUUUCGCCUGCGCCACCUGACUGUUGUGUCAGUCCGUUUUGAUCCGAUUCGAAGAUUCGAAGAAACAAUCGCAUCACUAUUGCAUCAUAAUUUUUUAUUAUAUUGCGGGCACAAGGAUAUUAAAGAAGCAGGAUGUUGUUGGCGGCAAGGAUCUGCCGAGUUGGGGCUUCCCCAGGUUUGACGUCGUUUGUCAGGACUCCGCUCGUCCCGACGACGCCGCAGUUCUCCAGAGGUCAAAUCGCGAGGCUGUUCGUUAGCGAUGGACGUAGCUCUUACACGAGGACUGCGAAAAAAAGAACCACCGUGUCGGAGCAGGCGAUGGCACCAGCCGGUGAAACCGCAUUUAAUAUCGGAAAAGGAGCAAUAGCCGGAGGAGCAGUAUUAGGAUUAGGUGCUCUUUGUUAUUAUGGAUUGGGUCUUUCCUCACAAACAGGUGCCAUAGAUCACGCAAGCUUAUGGCCCCAAUAUGUGAAGGACAGAGUGAAAUCUACUUAUAUGUACUUUGGUGCGUCUAUCGCGGCCAGCGCAGCAUCCGCAGCUCUGUGUUUACGUUCUCCAACCAUGAUGAACAUGGUAAUGCGUCAAGGCUGGAUCGCUUUGGGUGUAACAUUGGCCGCGAUGAUCGGCAGCGGCAUGGUCGUACAGGGGCUUCCGUAUAAGGAAGGAUUCGGUGCCAAGCAGAUGGCUUGGUUGGUGCACACCGGCAUCGUGGGCGCCGUUUUGGCACCCUUGUCUCUUCUGGGUGGACCGUUGGUCCUCCGGGCGGCUUGGUACACCGCUGGUGUCGUCGGUGGUUUGUCGGCGGUUGCCAUUUGCGCGCCUAGUGAUAAGUUCCUGGCGAUGGGCGGCCCACUCGCUAUUGGAUUAGGUGUGGUGUUCGCCAGCUCCCUAGGUACCAUGUUUCUUCCACCUACGACCGUCCUCGGCUCAGGAUUACACUCCAUAGCGCUUUACGGCGGUCUCCUGCUGUUCUCCGGAUUCCUACUUUAUGACACGCAAAGGAUCAUUAAGCAUGCGGAAACAUAUCCCAUGUACAACGCUCAAGGCAGACCGUAUGAUCCGAUUAAUAAACGAGGAAUCGAUAUGCGGCUCAGAGAAUCCGUCUCGGUCUCGGUGCCGUUGCAUCCCGGAGGACUGAACAACAACCAGCUCCGCAGGCACGAGUCGAUCGGCGCCGCCGAGAUCGGCGGCGAUCGCAACGAGAACGCGACCCGGGGGCCGCACGGCGACGAAGCGGACUUCCGCCUGGCCGAGGACACCACCACGUGGUCCUCCCUGGCAAUCGCGCGCGACAACGUCCAGCAGAGCAAUUCAACGCAGCCCGCCAACAACGUCAACAACAAUCUCACCGAGCCGAAAAUACAGAGGAACAGCUCCGUCGAGAGCCUCGACUACGAGGGCACGAUCGAAGAGCAAUCCGCCAAUGUAAACAACAAUCUGACCGAGUCGAGGAGCAGCUCCAUCGAGAGCCUCGCCGAUUACGAAGGACGUAACUCUUCGCACGAGAAUUCGUCGCGCGAACUGACACCGUCCGAGUGGUCCGACUGGUCGGACGAAGGGAAUCUACCCGCCGGCUGUCGCGGCAUCGUCAACCCCAACUACCCCGGUUUCCAGCAUCUGGCGCCUUCCCUGCUGUCGGACACCGAUCUGACCGAGGACGAGCACGACAGCUGCUCCGAUUAUCCGCCUCUCUACAGUGUCCAUCGUCGCGACGCGGCACCGGAGAACGGCAACGAGUACAACAACAACGUCGACGACAGCAUCAAUCAUCUCUGCGGACAGCACAACGACCGCAAGAUCUUUUACGAGAAACCCAAGUUCAAUAUACAGACUGUGACCUCUUUGUACGAGGCGGUGGUGCCGCCUUCGGAAAAGUGCAUCAACUACGUGAAGAGCGUGGAGGUGUCCAGGUCCGAGGAGAAGGCACUGUCCCCGGAACCGGAGGAAGUCGUCGUGAACGGCGUCGUCGAGGCGGAGACCCAUCUCACGCUCCUGGACGAGCAGGAGGAAGCUCUGGCUGACCAGGUCAACGAGCUCGCUCCUGAAUUGUCGCGACCGAUCCUCGAGAACAAGCGCGAGAGAGAGAUACCAGUCGAGGUCGAGCUGGUGGAGCUCACCACGAGCGUGAAUGAGAGUCUGCAGUUUCCCGAGAUCGAGGAAAUCCUGGAUUCCGGGAAGACCAGCGAGAUCAGCGAGACGGAGGACGUCGCGGUGGAGCACAUCGACCUGAUACGCGAGGCAAAGGAGUUGCCUCACUUAGACCGAUCCAAAAUAGGCAACCGCCAGCCGGGGACGACGACGUCGGCGGGCGGCUCAGCCGACGACGACGAGUCGGGAAGCAACAGCGAUUACUCCGAGGGCUUCGCCGAGGAGCGGCCGACCUAUACGAAGCUGGAGGAGAUCGAUCUGCUGUCGAGCAUCGGCCGUGACAUCGGCGUCGACUUCGAGAAGUACGCCCAGCCGGUGCCAGACGUGGUCGCGAUGGAGUCCAUCGAGAGCAUACGUGGCAAUCGCGAGCAAUCGCGAGCCACCUCGGCCAUCAAGGAUCGUAUGGAGGACACCAACAAACUGAUGGACCGCGAACUCCCGGAGGCCUCCAGCGCGGACGCCCGGAAGAAGGAGAAGAUGGCCAAGAAUCAGGCCAAGCGCCGCCAGCAGCAGCAGCAGCAACAAUCCCAGAGACGUUCCGAUAAACGCCGGCCCGACAUCGAUAAUGGAUCGGGCGGCUUUGAUGUUUACAACAUCGAGACGGCGAUGCCGAAGAUCGAUCUGGACGCGAUCGAGUCACAUCUCAGAGCUGCUCGCGAGGAGGAACGUCGGGAUGAUGAUAAAGAAACUACGGAAACGGAUAAACCUUCGGAAUCGACUGUAGCAAUCGAACAAUCGAAAGAAACAAAGGAAAGCGAAAGGGAAGAUGUGAUUGCACGAUUCGACAGGGUUGUACGUGGCGAAUUUGAUGAUAAUCUGCAGCGACGGAACGAUCGCGAAGAAAUCAGAAGGAGACUGGCUAUGGGGCCUGAUGCCGAAGAUAUGCGCGCCGAACGUGGACGAAAGCCAAGUCUUCAGUCGCGUCUUCAAAGUGGAAUGAACCUCCAGAUCUGCUUCAUGAACGAGACGUCGUCGGACACCGAGUCCCCGGCUUCGGAAAACGACACGUCUCCUGGAUCCACACCUACGUCCCUCGGCUCGAAGCAGCUCGGCGGUUCGAAACAGCCGACGAGGCCGCAAGUGUUGAGUCUUCCGUCUCUGAGACUCGACGCGGGCGCGAACUCAACGCCGCCGGUCGACGAGGCGGACUUUUUCGCGCGGCAGGCCAGAUUGCAGACCGAGGCCCGAAUGGCCCUGGCGCAGGCCAAAGAAAUGGCUCACAUGCAGAUGGAAGUGGAGAGGCAGAGGCUGAAGCAGAGCCCCAUCACCGAGAUGGUGCGAUGCAGUUUGGAAAAAGUCGGUGUUCAGUUGGGAGAAGAUAGACGCAGAUUGUCCCGAGUUCUUCUCACGGAAUUAAACGUCGCGCAAUUGCAAGUAGUGGCGAACGAUUUACACGCGAGAAUUGCCGCCUUGAACGAAGCGCUCGUCGAGGGACUUUUGAGGAGAGACGAUUUGCACAUGGAGCAAGAUUCGAUGCUCGUCGACGUGGAGGAUCUCACUCGAUACUUAGGUGCCAAGCAAGAAUCAUUGAAGAAGAAACAGCAAAGCAUGCAGCAGACGGCAAAUCGAAACCAACAGUCCACUCCAACUCCAACAAAAUUGUCAAUGAAACCAAAGUUAACGCACUUGAAUCGCGGUCUAGUUGCUCUUGUAAGAAAAUAAUCUUUCGCUACGAGACUACGCAGUCUCGUCGGAAAUUAAACUCCGAAACAUCACGAACAACUCUGGAGACGCGAAGAAACGAAAAAGAGAGAAAGCGAAAGAACCUUUUUCAGAAAAUGAAAGAAAGAAUUGAAACUUUCUUCGCGGCAGACAAGAAAAAAAAAUAGAUCUCCGUUGAAAAAAGGAAAUAGAAAGCUUCUUCGAAAAAGUAAAAAAAAAUCUUUUUUUUUUUUUAAGAAACGUAAAAGAAAAAAUUCUCCAAACUUGGAGAAUAAUUGCGUUAGAGAACUCUGAAAGACGUUGUGACGAUCAACCUUGAUCAACAGUGAAAAUCGUUUUCAUGAUAAAAGGAAAGCAGCACAUAUCUCUUUCCUCUGAAUUUUCAAGAGUUUUUAUAGCUUCGUCAUUAACCACGUGGAAGUAGAGAUUUACAUAUGUGCGUGUAAGCGAACGAAUCCAACGAUCCUUCGUCUCUAUCUCCUGCUCGUCUGUAUUCGCUCGGCCCCUAAACUCUCACAUUAUGUCCCGCGACAUGCAUGUGUCUACAUCUAAUGUAUCAAUUAUUCGCCUUUAUAAAAUAGCGUAUCAUUAGCGAAAGCGGAUCCCUUCUCUGUUGUACAUAUAACGAAGAUUUAUAUCAUAUAACGAAGAUUUAUAUCAUAUAACGAAGAUUUAUUGCAAUAUCGAGAUUCCAUAUGAUGUUUGAAGAGCGCUUCGUUCCAUUAUAAGUCGUUCGCGCGUGCGUUGAUAUGAUGUUAAUAUUUUGUAAAAUCGUAUCGAUUUAAUAUUGCGUAUAGAAGAGCAAACUUUUAAGCCAUUCCUAGCUUCCGAUGAUUCCACAAUUAUUCGGACACGUGUAUAUCCUCGCUUCGGUAGAUCUCUAGAUCCGCCAAUAGAAGCCGUCGGUUAUUGAUUUUACAAAUUCUUGUACGUAUGAAUUCGUCGUUCUGCCUGACUCGGAAUAUACAGGAUAUAUUGGUGAGACGUUAAACCAGUUUUUAUCUAUCGCGAGCGACGAAGAAAGUUGAUGUUGUACUUUCUGAAAUAACGCAACGCGUCUGUAAGGGAAAGUGGGAGGUAGAUAGAUAGGUGGGGACGAAAAGUGCAACGACCGUGGAGAAUGAAAGAACGCGUUACAUAUCCAAAUAAAUGAUCUAGUAUGAAAAAAAAGAGAUUAGUUCAUAUCUAGAACAAUUAAUGAAAAACGUAAUCGAUUAUAGAAAUAUUUGAUCGAAUGCGCCGUCGGAGAGUUUACUCGUUUCUACGAUAUUAUACGAAGACAGAGCUUUCUCGAAUUUGCUAUAAAAAAAAAUUAUUCAUUUUUAUAUGGAUUAUUCGAUUCGAUUAUUCUUGCAUCAUGUGUUAUUUUUGCAUGUCGAUCUCACAUGUCGAUCUCAUUCACACACGCAGGAUUUUUCAAAUGUAGUCGAAAUAAAUUUCAACGAAUCUAAAAGCUAUAGUUAA